AAUUAUACUCAGAAGUUCACAACUUCAGAAACAUACUUCCUUGGAAAUUUGAAUGAGUUGUAUGAUUCUUAUACCAAUGGUAAAUGCCAUCCAUCUCAAAUUGGCAAGGACUUAUAUUUGAAAGACACUCUAGGAGGAGAUGACUCUCUGUUUCUACGCCCGUGGCUAGAGUGUGACUACAUCUACUGCCCUCUAAGCAUAGACUCACAACAUUGGAUUCUAGUCGUUCUUGACGUUCAAGCAUACACCUUGCGUGUCUACGAUACUAACAGUAGACGUGGUGCUUUUCGUAAAAGCCUGAUUGAUGAAAUGCGUGGGCUGAUUAUCUUCCCAUUAUAUUUUCCUACUUUAGAGGGCGAGGCAACAAAGCUAAACUUACUAGUGUGAAGCCAUUUAACAUUCAGAUGGUUCAUGGUGUACCACAACAAGAAAAUGGGGGUGAUUGUGGCUUUUUAAUGAUGAAGUUAGCUGAGGUUCUUCAGAUGGACAUGGAUAUAAAGUUGGUAUGCCCUGAAAAGGUCCCAGAUUAUAUAUCGAGCAAAGUGGGCGUAUGACCUCUAUGUUCAUGGCUCAACAGAUGGAAA